GGAGGGAAUCGAAGUUAAAAGUUAAUGGGGACUUAGAAUGGGACGUUUACAUUAAUAUUUUUAUUGCAAUCAGUUGUGGAAUCACUCCACAUCGAGAAACUUGUGAUAUAGUCACUAUGAGAUAUAUCAUGUUCAAAACAUAAGCUUUUGCUGCACAUGAAUUCAUUGCGAGUCUUGUUUUCCUGGCGGACUAGGCAAACAAUGUGUUUGUUGCUCUGCCAUAAUAUGCCUGGAUUACACACCCUCUCCUGAGGAAUGGUUGUUUGGGGACAAAAACACGCAUUAGGGUUUUGUUUGAUUUAUUUUGUUAGGCUAUCUAAACAUUUGCAUUUCAAUUUUCUUGCCGCUUACAGAUUUAAUACACUUUCAUUAGUGCAAAAGUAGAAAGAGAAUAUACUGACUUUUUUCAUGCAAUUAUUUUUUUUUAUUUUUUAUUUUUUUUUUUGGUGCCCUUUUGAAAAAGUUGUUCGCUUAUUGACAGUGUGUCCUUUUUUAACUUUCCUGGAAGAAUUAAAACCCAGUGAGGAAUUAUUCUAUACCUCAGUUACACUUGUUAUAAAACAGCUUUUUAUAGAAUGUCCUUUUUAUGUUUUAUAAUGGUCUCAGUUUUAUUAUUGGUCGAAUAAAGUCUUUGUUGGGGGACUUUGUCAGCUGACUUCAGCUUAUUUAUGUUUCUGACGUUGUACAAUCACGUUUUGUCUACCUGAUUGCAUCACAGCUUUUAGCUUUGUGAAAACCUCAAAUCAAGAGAAGCAAAUCCUAUUUGAAGAAUGGCUAUUGUAGCUUGCAUCUCAGGAUCUUUGUACAAUGGGAUUGUUGUUUAGCAAAUAACUGGCAUUGGCUGUAAGAGGGGUUAAAGUUAGUCAGCGCAAAAACUGUGUAAGAGGAUAAAGUAUAAAAGCCCAUAAACUCAGGGUUCCGCUGACACUCAAACAAGAACAAACUGCAACAGACAUUUACUGUCCCAGCAGCAAUCAUGGUUAGCCGUUUUGAACACCCUGCUGGAGGCUAUAAGAAAAUCUUUGAGACUGUGGAGGAGCUGAACGAACCUCUUCCAGCAACAGUCACUGGUCGCAUCCCCUCGUUUAUAAAAGGGAGUCUGCUCCGUCUGGGUCCCGGUUUGUUUGAGGUUGGAUCUGAGCCCUUCUACCAUCUUUUUGAUGGCCAGGCCCUCAUGCACAAGUUUGAUUUCAGCAAUGGACAGGUCACAUAUUUCCGCAAGUUUAUCAAAACAGAUGCUUACGUGCGUGCUAUGACUGAGAAACGUGUGGUCAUUACUGAGUUUGGAACCUGUGCCUAUCCAGAUCCCUGCAAAAAUAUCUUCUCCAGGUUCUUCUCGUAUUUCAAAGGUGUUGAGGUGACAGACAACUGCCUGGUGAAUGUUUACCCUAUUGGAGAGGAUUAUUAUGCUGUCACAGAGACCAAUUAUAUCACCAAAGUAAAUGUGGAAACCUUGGAAACCUUGAAAAAGGUUGACAUGUGUGACUAUGUCAACAUAAAUGGAGUAACAGCCCAUCCCCACAUUGAGAAAGAUGGUACGGUGUACAACAUUGGGAACUGCAUGGGGAAGGGGGCCUCGCUGGCCUACAAUAUUGUCCGAAUCCCACCUAAACAAAAAGACAAAUCUGACCCCAUUGACAAAUCCAAGGUGGUUGUGCAGUUCCCAAGUGCUGAAAGGUUCAAGCCAUCUUACGUACACAGUUUUGGGAUGACAGAGAACUACUUUGUCUUUGUUGAAACACCUAUCAAAAUCAACCUGUUGAAAUUCCUGAGUGCCUGGAGUAUUCGAGGAUCCAACUAUAUGGACUGCUUUGAAUCUGAUGAGGAGAAAGGCACGUGGAUACACAUUGCAAGGAAGCAUCCAGGGGAGUACAUUGACUAUAAAUUUAGAACCUCUGCAAUGGGUCUUUUCCAUCACAUCAACUGCUAUGAGGACUCAGGGUACAUUGUUUUUGACCUGUGUGCCUGGAAAGGCUUUGAAUUUGUCUACAACUAUCUGUGGCUGGCAAACCUCCGUGCCAACUGGGACGAGGUUAAAAGAAAUGCCAUGAUUGCCCCUCAGCCAGAAGUGAGGCGAUACGUCAUUCCUCUGGAUCCCUACAGGGAGGAGCAGGGCAAAAAUCUGAUCUCUCUGCCGUACACCACAGCCACAGCUACAAUGCGCGUUGAUGGGACCAUUUGGCUUGAGCCUGAGGUGCUUUUCUCUGGUCCACGACAAGCUUUCGAGUUUCCCCAGAUCAACUACAAAAUGAACAACGGAAAGAAUUACACAUACGCCUAUGGACUGGGCCUCAACCACUUUGUCCCUGACCGGAUUUGCAAGCUGAAUGUGAGGACUAAGGAGACCUGGGUAUGGCAGGAGCCAGACUCAUACCCUUCAGAGCCGCUGUUUGUGCAGAACCCUGAUGCAGUGGAUGAGGAUGAUGGUGUCCUAAUGACAAUUGUGGUGGCGCCUGGAGCCCAGAGACCAACAUUUUGCCUGAUCUUGAAUGCCAAGGACCUGUCUGAGGUUGCAAGGGCAGAAGUUGAUAUCAUCAGUCCGGUCACCUUCCAUGGAAUGUAUAAGCCAUAGAGUGGCUGGUCCCACUGAACACAGAGUUCUAUAGUGCUGAUAAAGUUACCGUAUACACCAUGAUAUUGUAAACAAUAAAACUAUGAUAUUGCACAUUUCUGAUUUUCUUCAAAUCUGGUUUUUGCAAAUGGAC